AUGGCCUGGAGAUCGAGUCAUGCAAGGAAGAACUUGAAGCUCACCGUCCUCAGCCCCACCGGUCGUGUCUGGACAAUGGUCGCAGGCGGUGGUGCAUCCGUCGUCUACAGUGAUCUCAUGCAGCCGCAGCAGCUGCCAGUGGUUUCGCAUUUCGAACUCGCCACUAGUGACUACGGUGAAUACUCUGGUGCCCAAGAAAGGGUCAGACUCUCUUUUGAUGAUGAUCCGUACUACCUAAUUCUAGUACAUCUAGUCUACCUGCUCACGUGCCCGCCUUCAAGUUCUAGCAAGAUCCUCGGUGAAUUUCACCAACGUAGUUGCCACCUUCAAAGGUAUCAUCUACACGUCACGUUCUACAAACUGAGCUCAAUUGCACGCACCGGCAAAGUCAAGAUCUACUGGUACAUCCAUCCCACAUCAUCUCUCAUUGAUCCUGAUAUUAACCCUGAAGGGCUUCUGACAAGACCCGAUAUGAUUACUUCACCGGCGCGAACAACAUUUUUCUGGACUACUACCAAGCAAGGCAAGAGUCUCACUGCCUAUUUGAGACCAAUUCAUUCAACCUCUUCACUUAUAUUAGGUCCUCGACAACACUAA